CAUCUUCCUGGGGGUCAUCUGCGCUCACACUUCCUUGGCGAUCAGAUAGACCUCAGUUACGCUUGAAUUUGUCGGAAUACCAAACUGGCUCUUUGAUCCUGCCUUCACUGCGCUUCCUUCCGUCUCUCCCGUUGAGUUCCUCCGGUACUGGUCUCCCGCUAGUCAACCUCCGGAACCCAAAAAUACGGAAAAAAGGGAGGUUUGCGACAACCCCAGAUCACAGCACAAUCGACCAGGGGCAGAGGGAAAAGCUUUCGGUUCUGUGUGGUACUAACCGUUCACCCCUCUGGUCCUAUGGCCUUUUCAACUUGAACAUGAACUCCCUUAGCAUACUCUCGUCUCGAGUCGACAAAGUUAUUGGAGCAACGACUCCACCGGCUACUCAACGGACAGAUCCUUUUAAACCUCUACGUCGUGGGCAGCGCUCUGGCUCUUUGAGGUCUUUUGAGGAUAGGGGGUAUCAGCCGAAGAGGGACCUCAAGCAAAGCGUUUGUUAUGAUGACGAUGGAGAUGGCGACGAAGAAGAAGUGGAAGAGGAAGAUGGGCCAGAAGACUAUGAGGAGGACGAACACGGUGAUUUAUUACUCGACAAGGGCCAGCGAUCUGUAGGGUACGGGAUGUGGCUAUUGGGACCAUGGCUAGGGGCAUUCCGGUGGUUUUUCUCAACAUUGUCUUCUUCGGGAGGCUGGCUGAUAUCCUUUUUGUAUAAUGACGAUGGUGUCUUUUCUCCGCUCCUGCCGAUUAAGCGUUUCGCCGCAAUAUUACUAGGGCCAUUUGGUGGGUUUCAAGGUCGGGUUACUGAAUACUCUGAUUACGAGAAGAGCGGUUUUGACGACACUUCCGCAAUAAUGAGCGAUUCGGAAGUAUUACACCAUUACGGAAGUGAUUCGGGCAUGGAUCCAACACCACCAGCGCACCAUCUACGCUCUAGACCCUUUAAUCGAGACAGUCCCUUCUUGAUCGACGAGAUAGUCCCCCGGAGAUCAAUUCGUAUCCGGCUUUAUAGUGAGGAAUCCGCAACAAUUACAAAACCAACAUCUGUGAAGUCACCAACAUCUCCAUCCCCAAGUCUGCGGCUUACAAAGUAUCCACGGAGCUCGGGACCCACCAAACCACUUCUCCCUUCCCAUCCUUCUCCGAAGACAUUGAUCUUGGAUCUCGACGAGACAUUAAUCCACUCACUCGCCAAGGGGGGAAGGAUGACUUCCGGUCACAUGGUGGAGGUCAAACUCGACCGCCAGCAUGCGAUCCUAUAUUACGUUCACAAGCGCCCUUACUGCGAUGAGUUUCUCCGAAUGGUCUGUAAAUGGUACAACCUUGUGAUAUUCACAGCAUCUGUGCAAGAAUAUGCCGAUCCAGUAAUUGAUUGGUUGGAGCAAAAUCGAAAGUACUUCAAAGGCCGUUAUUAUCGUCAACACUGCACGCAACGUGGUGGUGCUUACAUCAAGGAUAUCAGUGCCGUGGAGCCAGACCUGUCUAAAGUUAUGAUAAUCGACAACUCACCUAUGAGUUAUAUUUUUCAUGAAGAUAACGCAAUCCCGAUUGAAGGAUGGAUUAACGACCCUACCGAUAUCGACCUUUUGCAUCUGAUUCCAUUGCUUCAAGCAUUACAAUAUGUCACCGAUGUCAGGGCUUUGCUAGCUCUACGAAUGGGCGAGAUUGAUUGAUUUGCUGAGCGUUUUUUUUUAUCAUACGGAGGGCGUUAAUCUCUUGGUUUCUGGGGGCCGUUGAUCCUAAGUUGUGACGCAUUGGUAGGGGCUGAUGCUAGCGCUUGUUGUCGCUUUUUUUUACAUCAUGUUUUCACCACAUUGAUUCUUUACUCCAUUCUUCGAAUAUCCAGCUGGUCGCAAUUGUUUAUAUUUACAUUCAUAGAGGACACCGGUAUAAUCUUUCGGCUUCAUUCAGUCAUUGGGAUAAACUGUCAAGGUAGGAAUAGGGUUUUUCGGGAUGGAUUUAUUCCUUGCUUUGUUUCCAUAACUACUUUCUUUGCUAUUUCGCUAUUCCGAAGGAUGGCUGCAGGAGGAAUAAGGUAUGAGGGCGGUGGAUGUGAGGGGGGAGGUUUGUAUGAUAUGUAUGGGUGAUAGAAUGACUACAUAGAAUCUCUUUUUGCUGUGUUA